AUGUCAAAUGUAUUUUUCCAGCAAGUAAUGCCCUCAAUAUUCGAUUAUUUUACCAAUUCAUCCAUUAUUAAUGGAGCCCUGUUGUAUUUGAGCUCCAUUCAAGUAUACCUAGUCGAUCCGUUGCAAGUUUUCCGAGAAACUGAUCAGCUGACAGUAGCUGGUGUCCUCAAUUUUGACGAUUUUCAACUGAACCUGCUAAAAGUGUUUUCUGGAGUUUUGAUAGUCAAUUUGUUGCUUCUUGUUACUGCCUGGAAAUACUACGGAGCGGACAUUUACGAUAGAUUUUUAAAACUAUCCAAUACCAAAGAAAUUGAAGAACUAAAAGCCAGCGUCUCGAAGCUGAAGCUUCCCAAAGAACACACACCUAGAAUCUGA